AUGGAAGCCGACGACGCUCAGAAAGCUUUGCGGCUUGCGUUCAAGCACGAUGCAAAUGGCGAUACUGCAGCUGCUAUCAAGUGGGCCAAAAAGAGCAUCGCCAUCUUCAAGACACCGUCAGCUGAAGCGCUGCUAGUAAGGCUCGAGAAGAGCGGCGCUUCCGGCAGUGGAACAUCAGCAUCAGCUUCGACAUCAUCGAAGUCUGCCACUGCUAGCGCCUCUUCCUCCGCCGAAGGGCUUCGCUCUCGUUCAAGCGCACAGGCCAACGGACGUUCGGCAUCCGAGACUGCCCACUCGGCGCCAAAAAGAUCAUAUACGCAGGCUCAGAUGGAAGUAGUGACCAGGAUCAAAAAGGCGGGAGGCGAUUUCUACCAAGUGCUCGGGGUGGAGAAGACAGUGGAUGAUAAUGGAAUUAAAAAGGCAUACAAGAAGCUGGCCUUGCAGUUGCACCCGGAUAAAAACGGCGCUCCUGGCGCAGACGAGGCGUUCAAGUCCGUAUCCAAGGCGUUUAGCAUCCUCACCGACGCAGAUAAGAGGGCAGCAUACGACCGAUACGGAGGCGAUCCGGACAACGCAAGAUCAGCAGCAGGCGCGGCGGCCGCGGGUCAUGGCAAUCCGUUCGGCGGAAUGAGAGGGACACCCUUCCGCGGUGGUGGGAUGUACGGAGACGAGAUCGAUCCGAAUGACCUAUUCAACAUGUUCUUUGGCGGCGGCGGCAUGGGUAUGGGCGGAGCACAAUUUGGCGGCACCACGUUCACUUUUGGCGGUCCAGGCAUGCGCACGCAUCAGUUCCGACAGCAGCGCGCUGGUCCACGUCGAGCUCAAGCCGAUCCACAGAACGCCAAUAUUUUUUUACAACUGCUUCCGCUUCUCGUGCUAGGUCUCUUCAGCUUGCUAGCUUACGCACCUUCGCUUUUCUCGACGCCCGACCCGAGCUUCAGGUGGCAACCAUCGAGCCUGUACAAGACACAACGCAUGACAACAAAACAUCACAUUCCGUAUUACGUCAACGAUCACCAAUUCAACACCCAUCCUUUCGUCACUGGCGAACGCAGCAGCAAAGACCUCGCUGGCUUCGAAAGCCGCGUAGAGAAUGCGUACAAGCAAGCUAUGUACUCGAGCUGCGAACGGGACAAAGAGAAUCAAGAGAGGAGAUUGGCAGCCACACGAGGUUUCUUGGGCAUUGGCGCCGAUGAAGCGGAGGCCAAGAAGAUCAGGGAGGAGGUCUAUCCUAGCUGCGAGAACCUGAAGCAGUUUGGCAUUUACAUUUGA